AUGGCGAAGGAACAACUGAGGGUUCGGGUUGCCGAGACGGGGUGCGGCAAGGUAGGUACGGUAGGUAGGUACGCAGACAGCCACUGCGGUGGCCCCGAGGAUGUUGUCGUAACGCCCGGUGCGGUCGUUGAGAUGACAGCAGGAGCAGGUGCGAGCCGGGCGCCGGACAGGCUAAGUGCUGCAACCUCCCUGCAACCUGGCGCUGCUGCCCGCAGCAGGCAGGAGAGGCGGGGGCAGAUCAGUCAGGGGAAUCGGGAGUCAAGCAGGGCAAUCUGCUUGCCAGCAGACUGGAGGACCGACAAGAGAGCUGUGAUCGUCUCACAUUCGUGGAUCAAGCAAGGACAAACUGGAGUCCUGGAUUGCGGCAGUGCCUUGGCUGGAGCGCUGCCGGUUGCAGAUGUUCGGUGGACAGGUCUGCGCCUGGAUUAUAAUGGAGGGAGACGGCGGGCCCGGCCCGGGAUGACUGACCUCCAACAGCUGCAAAGUACGAAGUAA